AAGGAGACACUGCCUGAAGAUCAGUGCCGAGUAUCGUUCUGUAGAGUUAUCGAUAUAUUGCAAAGACAGGAUUUUGUUUUUAAUGCGCGCAGAACAAGUCAUUUGUGUAAAUUCAGGGAUUGAUUAGACCGCAAGAAAGAAAUUCUUACAUGUCCUUUGUUAUAGUUUACGGAAAAAUAUAACUACAAAAGCUAAGUAAUGUGCGGAAGAACUGCGUGCUCACUGUGUCCAGAUGAUGUUCAGAAGGCUAGCAGCUUUAAAGAUAAAAUAUCUGGCAACUAUCAGCUACCACACUGGGCCAGUAAUAUCAAAAACAAGCAACAGUAUAGACCAUCACAUAAUGUUGCUCCAACAGAUGUGACUCCUGUUCUUGUGUCUGGCUCACAUUUCGGUGGUGAAUCUGAGAGAAUGCUGCAGCCUAUGAUGUGGGGCAUGAUACCAGUAUGGCAUAAGGGAGACUACAAAUCACAUGGACUAUCAACAAACAAUUGUCGUUUAGAAGGUUUACUAAGUUCUAAACUAUAUUCAAGGCCAUUCAACAAGGGACAACGAUGUGUUGUCAUAUGUGAUGGCUUCUAUGAGUGGCAGACCACUAAAGGCAAAGGGAAUAAGCAGCCCUACUUCAUCUAUAUGCCACAAGAUGAGGGGGUCCGUGUGGAGGACCCAGCUACAUGGUCAUGUGACCGGAGUGAAAAAAGUGGAUGGAAAGGUCCAAAACUUGUGCACAUGGCUGGUCUCUAUGAUGAAUGGACAUCUGCAGAGGGAGAAGUGAUAUACAGUUAUAGUGUCAUAACACUGGAUUCAAACAGCACAUUGUCUUGGUUGCAUCAUCGCAUGCCAGCCAUUCUGGAGGGAGAACAAAUAGCAGACUGGUUGGACAUAGAACGAGUAUCUUCCAAAGCAGCUCUAGCAGUGAUUCAGCCCAUCAAGUUAUUAACCUGGCACCCAGUGGCCACUCUGGUCAACAAUUCUCGCAACAAGGAUCCUCAGUGCAACAAACCUAUUAACUUAGAGAGACAGUUCACAUCUGGUGUAACACAGGACUGGUUGGACAUAGAACGAGUACCUUCCGAAGCAGCUCUAGCAGUGAUCCAGCCCACCAAGUUAUUACCCUGGCACGAAGUGGCCACUCUGGUCAACAAUUGUUGCAACAAGGAUCCUCAGUGCAACAAACCUAUUAAGUUAGAACGAAUUAUUGGAAGUGACAAUUAUAGUAGCUCGGACACUGAGAGUGUAGACUUUGACUAUACACAGUUGGUGACACCGGGAACGUUAGCGAUUAGUGAUAAUGAGAGUGACAAUGGUGGUGGCGAAAGCCAGGAAGAAAUUGUAGAAGCAAAUUCAGGUAUUGUUUCCGGCAAGUAUAUGUGGGAAAAUAUAGAAUCACUUACUGCUUCAAGAGAAGCAUUUUGUAAUGUAUAUGGUCCUCGGUUCGACACGGCUAGACUAGAUGUUGUGAGUUCAUUCGAAAACAUUUUCGAUACAGCUCUUGUGCAGCUCAUUGUAGAUGAAACCAACAGAUAUGCUAAGCAAGAAAUUUCUAAAAGUGCCCAUCCUCUCACAUUUCGAUCUAGGAUUAGGAAGUGGCAAGAUGUCACAGUAGACGAAAUUUACGUGGUUUUGGCUCUAUUUAUGUUGAUGGGCAUUGUUCAAAAGCCUACAAUCAGAUCUUAUUAUGCAAAGAACCGGCUGCUGUACACUCCGUUCUCAACUUCUGAUCCAAAAAUUUAA